AUGGCUUCCGAUGAUUCCCCUGCGUGCUGCUCUUCUGAGCCCUGUGCAGUUGCCUCGCCCUGUCCCACCGACACGACUUGCCUUCCCAGCACGUGUGCCACAUCCAGAUGCCAGACUCCGAGCUUCCUCUGCAGGGCUCACCUCUCAGCCGGUCGCCUCUCACCCUGCUACUUCGCCAGCAGCUGUAGCAGUCCGUGCCUGGUCGGGAGCUGUGCCUGGUGUGAGGAAGGGGCAUUCAACAGCAACGAGAAGGAGACGAUGCAGUUCCUGAAUGACCGCCUGGCCAGCUACCUGGAAAGGGUAAGAAGCCUGGAGGAGAACAACGCUGAGCUGGAAUGCAGGAUCCGAGAGCAGUGCGAGCCUGAUGCCCCAUUGGUGUGCCCAGAUUACCAGCGUUACUUCGACACCAUUGAAGAACUCCAGCAAAAGAUACUGUGCACGAAGGCAGAGAAUUCUAGACUUGCCGUUCAGGUGGACAACUGCAAACUGGCCGCUGAUGAUUUCAGGUCAAAGUAUGAGAGCGAACUGUCUCUUCGUCAGCUGGUGGAGAAUGACAUCAGUGGCCUUCGUGGGAUCCUGGGUGAACUGAACCUGUGCAAAUCAGACCUAGAGGCCCAUGUGGAGUCGCUGAAGAGUGACCUCCUUUGUCUUAAGAAAGACCAUGAAGAGGAGGUCAACGUGCUUCGUGAGCAACUUGGAGAUCGGCUCAGUGUGGAGCUGGACACUGCCCCCACCAUGGACCUCAACAAGGUCCUGGAUGAGAUGCGAUGUCAGUAUGAGACCGUGCUGGCCAACAACCGCAGGGAUGCGGAGGAGUGGUUCGCUGCUCAGACCGAAGAGCUGAACCAGCAGCAGAUGUCCAGCGCCGAGCAGCUGCAGGGAUGCCAGACUGAGGUGCUGGAGCUGAAGCGCAAGGCCAACGCUCUGGAAAUUGAGCUCCAGGCGCAGCAAACCCUGACAGAAUCUCUGGAAUGUACUGUGGCAGAGACCGAAGCCCAGUACAGCACACAGCUGGCCCAGAUGCAGUGUCUGAUUGACAGCGUGGAGCACCAGCUGGCUGAGAUCCGCUGUGACCUGGAGCGGCAGAACCAGGAGUACCAGGUGCUGCUGGAUGUCCGGGCCCGGCUGGAGUGUGAGAUCAAUACGUACAGGGGCCUGCUGGAGAAGGAGGACUGCAGGCUCCCCUGCAAUCCAUGUUCUACAGCGCCCACAACAAGCAGCAUGUGUGAGCCGUGUUCAGCCUAUGUGAUUUGCACAGUUGAAAACUGUUGUGCAUGA